AUGUAUGUAAAUUUCAACUUCGAGAUGCAAGUUAAAAUUGUGCUAGCUUCAAUGGCAAUUCAUAAUUACAUUAGAAUGCGUGGUAGUGGUGAUGCAACAUUUCAAAUAGCGCAAGAAGAAUCUUAUAUUCCGCGCAAUGAUGAAAGACACGAUGAUGGUGUUGAGCCACAUAACGAAGUAUCAAGUUCGCUGUCACCCACUGUAGCGUAUAAAGAACAUAUUUUUACCGGUGGAAGAGGGCGGAAACGCAACUAUGUUAUCGCGUUCGAAUUCUACACAUCAAGAGAAGAAAAUUACGCGAUCGAAUCUGGUGGAACAGCUGAGAGAGUAUCAAAUUCGAACGAAGCAUGA